ACAACUUAAACAAACUUUGAAAUCACCGGCGAUGGCGAUGGCGGAGGCGGCACCAAAACACACAUGCUUAAAACUCAAAAUCUCCGAUAACCCGGAGGACCAACCAAUCUUCAUAAAAGGCACCUGGUUUCCAUCCCGCUUUUGCCUCUCCAUCACCGAUGCCCAACACGCCUGGACUUGCAACCCAUCAGAAGAUGAGGUUAAGGAAAGAGCCUCUAAUUGGGACCAAUCCGUAUCCGAAUACAUUGAUAUGUCUGAACGCUAUUUAGGGUUUCAACAGCCCGGUUCCCUUUACGCCUUUACUGAUGCUGGUGCUGAUUUUAAAAGACUAUCAUGGACAUUCGAGAAAGAAGGUAUGAAGCUAGAGUGGCGAUGGAAGUUUAAACCAGCUGAAAAUAGUAAGAAGAUAACUUCAGGAAUCUUGGACUUCUUAAUGGAUGCUAACAUACGCUUAAGUGAGGAAGUUGUCAUGAAAACAAAGUCAAAUGAAAAACUGAAAGCCGAAGCUCAGAAGUGUUUAGCGCAGAGUGAGAAGUUCCAGAAUGAGAAGGCAGAGUUUGAAACCUCAAUUUAUUCAAAGUUUCUUGGUGUGUUAAACACAAAGAAAGCAAAAUUGAGAGAGCUCCGAGACCAACUGUCAAAUCAGGAAACAACUGCAAAACCACAAGAAGACGAGGAAGAGUCGACUGACAAAACUGAGACUUUCGAUGGUGAUACCGAAGAUGAAGACACAGAGGAAGACUCUGCGACGAAUGUUACGAGCACUUCAAAGGAUACAUUUGAAAACAAGCCUCGUGGUCGGAAAAGGAAGUAAGACUUUCAAGUAUGUAAAAUUUAUAAGGGUUUAGUGCGCCGAAAUGCAACUGACUAUGCCCAAAAAGUUAUAGUGUGCACGAACUAACGUUUUUUUUUAUUGUAUGCAUAAACUUAAUAAAAAAGUUUAAAUCAUGUAACUUUUUGUGACCAACCAAUCAAAACCAUACACGUGGCCUGUUCAAAUUUUUUUCUUCUUCACGUGGCGGCUCAUACAGGCUGCCACGUAUACACAUUGCAUGAUUUGAACAUUUUUACUAAGUUUAUGCAUACAAUAAGAAAAAACGUUAGUUCGUGCACACUAUAACUUUUUGGUCAUAGUUUGUUUCAUUCCGGUGUACUAAUAACUUUCAACCCUAUAUAAUUAGCACACUAUUUAGAGUUGGAAUAUGACCUUAGUAUGCCUUGUUAUCUACCUUGGUAUGUGUUUUUGUAAUAUGUGUUUAAGCGUUGUUUUUAUUUGGCGUAGACAUCGAGCGUAUAUAAAAUGUGUUUUGCUUUCAUUUAAAA